AUCUCCAACCCUCAUCUCAAAAAGCCAAAAAGAUAUAAAAGCCCAAAUUUUAUAUUUCGGUGGUUGAUCUCGUCUUUCUUCCCAGAAAAGUCCAUAAAGCAGUAACGACCAGAAAACACUAAAUUCCCUUCGAAAACAACCAUCGAUAUGUCCGUUGUCGCUGAAGCCCCUCCCGCCGCCGUUGCCCCAGAGGCAGCUGCGCCCGCCCCUGCCCCCGCUCCCGCCCCGGCGGCCCCCGCCUACUCUGCUCCUGUCAGCACUGGAGCUGGCUCUCCCCCCUCAGCCAGUCUCUAUGUGGGUGAGCUCGACCCGACCGUGACGGAGGCCAUGCUCUUCGAGAUCUUCAAUAUGAUCGGCCCCGUGGCGAGCAUCCGCGUGUGCCGUGACGCUGUUACGCGCCGCUCCCUUGGCUACGCGUACGUCAACUACCUGAACGCCGCCGAUGGUGAGCGCGCUCUCGAGCAGCUCAACUACUCCCUCAUCAAGAACCGUCCCUGCCGCAUUAUGUGGUCCCAGCGGGACCCUGCCCUGCGCAAGACUGGCCAGGGCAACAUCUUCAUCAAGAACCUUGACGAACAGAUCGACAACAAGGCCCUUCAUGACACGUUCGCUGCUUUCGGCAACGUCCUUUCCUGCAAGGUCGCGACCGACGAGCACGGCAACUCCAAGGGCUACGGAUUCGUUCACUACGAGACCGCCGAGGCAGCCGAGAACGCCAUCAAGAAUGUCAACGGCAUGCUCUUGAACGACAAGAAGGUCUACGUCGGUCAUCACAUCUCCCGCAAGGAGCGUCAGUCCAAGAUUGACGAGAUGAAGGCUCAGUUCACCAACCUGUACAUCAAGAACAUUGACCCGGAGGUCACCGACGAGGAGUUUGAGGCCCUCUUCAGGGAGCAGGGCAACGUGACCUCCUCCGUCAUCCAGCGUGACGAGGAGGGCAGAAGCAGGGGCUUCGGCUUCGUCAACUACGAGACGCACGAAGAGGCGCAGAAGGCCGUCGACAACUUGAACGACAAGGACUUCCACGGCAGGAAGCUCUUCGUCUCGCGUGCGCAGAAGAAGGCCGAGCGCGAGGAGGAGCUGCGCAAGGCCCAUGAGCAGGCUCGCCUCGAGAAGCUCAGCAAGUACCAGGGCUUGAACCUCUACGUCAAGAACCUCGACGAUGAUGUCGACGAUGAGAAGCUUCGUGCCGAGUUCGAGCCGUUUGGCACCAUCACCAGCGCCAAGGUCAUGCGCGACGACAAGGGUGUCUCGAAGGGCUUCGGCUUCGUCUGCUACUCGUCGCCUGAAGAGGCCAGCAAGGCUGUCGCGGAGAUGAACAACAAGAUGAUCGGCAGCAAGCCCCUCUACGUCUCGCACGCCCAGCGCCGCGAGGUCCGCCGUCAGCAGCUCGAGAGCCAGAUUGCCCAGCGUAACCAGAUCAUGCACCAGGCUGCCGCUGGAGGCAUGCCCGGUUACAUGAACGGCCCGAUGUACUACCCUCCUGGCCCCGGUUACCCUCCUCAAGGCCGUGGCAUGAUGUACGGCCAGCCGGGUAUGAUGCCCCCGCGCCCCCGCUACCCUCCUGCGCCGGCCAACGGCCAGGUAGCGGGCAUGCCCAUCCCUGCGCCCUACGGCCAGGCUCCUCCCCCGCAGGGGUAUGGCGGCAUGUACCCCGGUGGUGGUCGCGGUGCUCCUCGCGGCCGUGGCGGUCCCCCUGCCCGCGGCGUCCCCGCUGGUCGCGGUGGCCCGCCCCCCGCUGCCGCCGCUCGCCCGCCUCCCCCGCCGGGUGCCGUCCCGCCCGCGGCGGCUGCGCCCCAGGUCCCGACCCUCACCGCCGCCCAGCUUGCUGCUGUGUCGCCCAUGGAGCAGAAGCAGAUGCUCGGCGAGGUCAUCUACAUGCGCAUCGCUGCGUCGCACCCCGACCUGGCCGGCAAGAUCACCGGCAUGCUCCUCGAGAUGGACAACGCCGAGCUCCUGUCCCUGCUCGACUCGCCCGAUGCCAUGGCCGGCAAGGUCAACGAGGCGCUCUCCGUCCUCCAGGAGUUCGUGACCAAGGAGGCUUGAGCAACCCGUCUAGGGUACCGUCCCGGAUGUCGACGCUCGCGAGCGUGCGGCGCAUCCCCUUCCACUCUUUUGGCUUACCUGUACCAGUAUUCCGUCCCCCGUGUAUGUGUCUGCAUGUGUCCGCGAGUUGAUCAUCGACGACCUGGUCAUCGCCUGUACUCACCGAUUUUCUGUGUACUUUUAUCACGCGGUGCCUAGCGCAGAGUGCCGUCGUGGUUUGUUUUCGUAGGGUAGAGGUUCGGUCGUGCCUUUAUGUCACUUGGAAGGAAUAAGAUGAUUCAACUACUUUCUCUCA